AUGAGUGUACAUUUUGCAGCUAUUUGCAGUUCAAACAUGUCGGCUGAAAAGCAGCUGGACGCUGCACAGAAAUUCCUACGUGGAAUUACAUCCCUGGCUUCCUACGCGGAAGUCAGGGAGAAGCAGGCGCUUGGAGUGCAGCGUUCGCUUGAAAAGAUUGCUGCUUUUAGUGUUGCUCAGGCGGCAAUAUGGCUAGCAGCUUUGCAGGAAGAAUUGUGGUCCGAUGCCCAAGUGGCAACCUUUCGUGAGAUCGUGGCAUUCAAGGCAAGGCCUGUGGAGGCAGACAACAGCAAAGCGUCGACGCAAGAUUUUACCUUGCUUCCGUUUUAUCUAACAGAUGAGCUGGGGCAGGACAUUGGCAAUCCAUCUGUGGAUUCCGAUCGGUUGUUGUAUAGGCUGUGCCAGCAUGCUGCGAAGAUGUCACUACGUAAUGCAUCGGAAGCAACGAAAGCAACUUUGGUGGUCAUGUCGAAAUGGAUCACCUGCACCCGCGGUCUGACACCAAAGGAGCAGUAUGAGUUAUAUUGUCGUCAGAAGCCGUUGGUGACGAAGUACUUGGUUGGCGUCUCCUGCGGCAAGUAUCUUGUCGAUUUGCCGUUGGAUUCGCAGGACUUGGACGAAGGCAUUCGGACGCGCGUGUUUCCUACGGGGAAGCCACAGCAGUGUGCCAUGGCACAGGACAUUCGUGACUAUGUAUGUCAUAUGCCUUUGCGGAAGGAUAAUCGUCUUUUGGUGGCUGACACCCAAGCGGUGUCAGCUAGCAGGGUUUCUGGCGGAGGAUUUGCCUUCUUCACAGCGGGACUCAAGCGGCCUGCAGCAUCUUUGCCAAGUGCAAAGGUGCCGAAGGCGAAGGGAAGGCCACGCAAGGAUUGCUCCGGUCCUGUUCCGAGCAAGCAAGGAGCUGUGAAAAAGGUUUUGAAGAGACCAGCGGCUGCAAAGGCAGCUGCAGUUGGUCUUGACCCAGCAACCUCACGGGGAGCAGGGUCACGAAAGAGUGGCGUUCCUUCGACCAGGGGCACGGGUGGUCCUGCUCUGUCACGCGCAGAGCGGCGAGAGCGGGUGAUGGCGCUUGUGCCACGAGCCAAGCGGCAAGAGUACAAGGGUGGCUGUGGCAAAUGCAGAUUCACCGCGGGAUGUACUCCAUCUUGCUGGCGUGAGCGUGGCUUUCAGGACCUCAUGGCGCCGAAGAAGGACGGCAAGGAAGAGGAAGACGACUCGGAUGAGUACACGUACUGUACCGAGGAGGACGAGGAAGAGCCGGAUCCGAUGCCGUCCACGGAGGCAGUGGCCGCGCCGGUUUCCCCGAAUGAAAAGGCCGCGGUUGCAGCUGUGCGCAUCUACGAGGCGCGGGCAGCGAAGGACGAGCCGUCUAGCAGUGACGACCGUGGGCCACGUGCUCGUGAUCGUCGCCCCCCAAGCCCGGCGCGCCGUGAGCGGCGAGAAAGGCACGAGGAGCCGCGCGGGUCGCGUGUGCCGGAGCGGGAGACGCGUGACACUCGAGAGGUGGCGCCUUUUCCAUCCUUGCCAACUCCUGCGCCAGGUUUGCCACCGCCACCUCCUCCGAAUUCCCCACGGGGGAAUUGGACGACCAAGGGUCGUAAGCAGCGGUGUCCGCAUUGCUGGCAAAAGGUGGGCUCGGGAGGUUCCACUUCGGGCAUGUCCCAACAUAUGUACUGGAAUGAGCAUUGCCUGACGUGGCAAUGUUACGGAGAUGGGACGCGUUGCUCCUGGGAGGAAGCGGUUGCCCGAGCCCAUGAGGUGAAGCUUGGCAGAGAGCGAGAGGAAUAUGCUGAGCUGGCUGAGGGGGUCACGCCAGCUCGCUCGCGCCAGCAGCGCCGCGCCAAGGAGGAAGGAAAGGAAAAGGCAGGUUCGGGGCAGGAGGGUCUUCCACGUGAAGGCAAGGCGAAGCGACGGGAGCAUCGAGAUGCCGUUGCGGAUGAUCCACGCGAUCAUAUGGAGCAGGCUGAGAAUGUGCGACGACGCCGUGCAGAAGUUCCACCGGAACCGGAAGAGAAGGAAGAGACGUCGGGGCGUCGCCGAAAGCACAAGAAGCAUCGUCAUCGCCGCCGCUCCCCAUCACCUGAUGUUCGUGCCGGACCUAAGGGUCCCAAGAAGCCGCCGAGUGACGACGAUGAAGAUGAUCGAGAUAUGGGUUCGGCUAAGCGCCGGACUGCUCCGGACGAAGUAUGGAUCAAAGUGCCGCGUUCUGCCUUGCUCUUCCGCAGGAACCCUAUGGGGACUUUUCUUCUACGUGGAGCAAAGUCCAACAUUGUCUUGACUCUGCAGCAGAAUGGGCAUGCGCGCACGGACGCGCUGACCAGCGCAGAGUGCUCAAGUGCGUGCUUGAUUCCAGUCUCCUACGGGGAGGACAGAGAUGCUUGGUCCCAGCACCUCCCUUGGAAUCGAAAGUUCUUGGUGAACGAUCUCCUCCGAGAGAGUUUCACUGGUGCAGAACCUGCGCUGCGCUUCUACGGGAAGCACGGCGCUGCUUACGGGCAGCUGACCCGCAGGGAUUCUAAGUGGCAUUGUGCCACAUGUAGUGCCAAAAUCUUUGAAUGUUCCGGUGUCUGCGGACGUCUGCGAACGUCUGCGGAUGUCUGCGGACACAAACCAGACUGGAGGCUGUCUGCGGACUUUGUCUGCGGGUUCGCGAGAAAAGGCUUGAUCUGGACUUGA